ACUGGUAAAGAUGGAAACCGAAGGAACUGAAACUAUUUUUCUUCCUAAAUUUCAGCGUUUACAUCUCUCAUCGUCAUCGCUGUGAGAUAGUACACAUUAGUAGAGAAACAAACGCUUGGUUCUGCGGCUUUAAAUGAAAACUGGGCUACGUUCAUACCAAGGUGGUUACAUGUGCGUUCCCCUCUGUUUGUGUUGAUAGAUUUCAGAUGGAGAGGAUUACUCACAAUGCUGACUAUGCAGGUAGUGUUAAUGAAUUGAUAUAAAAUGCAUUUCAUGGCCACAGUAUUCCAGAGCUCCAUGUCAGUCUUAUCAAAAUAAAUGUUUUUACUGGCUGCACAGAGAAAGGGCCAGACGACCACUGACCUGGCAGACGUUGUGGAAAAUGUGAGAUUUUUGGCUAGAGAACAAAAAAAACUGCUAAUGUCCAAAACUCAGGCACUCCAUUACUAACUACAGCGCCAUAGUUUUGGUAUUUUAGUUAAUAUCUAAUGUUGACUCGUUUACUUUUACACUGUUAACGUUGUAUCAACCCAGAGGAAACGAUGAUAGAGGAAGUGAGUAAAGUAAACCCUACUUCUCCCCAACGCCAUCAUCUCUGUCCUGCAUAGAUAAGCCCCUCCUAGAGCUCAUUUAAAGCAGGAAACGUGACAGUUGAGUUUUUCCGCUUCCAUAAACAAGACAAGCCAACAGAGUUUAGCAAACAGUCCACCAGCACCUCUGGGACAGUUCUCGAGGAGGGACACACAGGGAGAGAGAGAGAGAGUGAGGGGAGGAGAGUCUGAGAAGAAAGGGAGAGAACAGGAAAGAAAGUCUGCAGAAAGACAGGGAAAUCCAUUAGAUAUAAAAAACGAGGGUAAAAGUCGGGGGGGGGAAAGAAGUUCUCUGAUGACCCUGCAGGAAAAGUCAUGGCUGUAAACAACACACAUUUCUUUAUGGAAAUACUUCAGUCAUUUGAUGCUGUCCCUCUGAUCAUAGCGUUCUGUGUUUCCGUGGCUGUGGGCCUGGUCUUGGGCGCUCUGGUCUAUGUGCUCCUCACAUGGUUUUCCCGACGAAGAGCAGGAUCUGCCAGAAUCACGAGCUGCCCCCUUCGCCAGUCCCGUACGUGCCCUAGAAACUACCCAGGCUUCAACCGCAACAGCAGCAGCCACGACCGGCGAAGCAACAACAGCUUGGUCAGCGCCGCUUAUACCUUCUACCGCCAGACCUCAAACCCGGAUUCCCUCGACCCGCUUGGGUACAAGUCUAGCUUCAGGGCGUCAACCUUCCAUCCUCUUCUCCACUGUAGCCAAAUUGCCAGGGAGGCGGAAGAGGGAAGUCAGGUGUCGUUGCCCCGCACGCCCACCCUGACAACCACUACCAACUCAGCUCACUCAGCUGCCACUCCACCCAGACCCCACUCUUUUUGGUGGGACAGCGGGGAUUUCCAAGCAACACAGACCCCCCCUCCUGCUUACGAGAGCAUCAUUAAAGCUUAUCAGGAGACUCAUACAUAGGAGGCAAAUGAAAUUAAAUCCAAAGACAAAAACUGCUGAUCAUAGCAAAAAUAAAUAAAAAUACUAUUUAAAAAAGAAUGACAAAUGUCACCCAUAUCUUAAGUACCACCAAGAGUAAAGCUUUUUACUAUGCAAAUUGUCACCCGGGCUUUAAUAAACAAUCCAGACUAUAAUGGUAUUUUAAAAACGUUUGAAAAAUAAGCAAAGAAUACUUUUGGACUUUGUGCUGUUAUAAGCUCAGUUCUGUUAA